AUGGAUUUGGAGGCUAUUUCGAGCUGUUGCUCGUCGUCGUCUCCGUCGGUUCCGUCGUCUUCAUCGUCAGGUGAGGAUGCGGCGAACAUGACGGAGCUGGAGGCGGCAGAGGCAUUGGCGGAUUUGGCGCAGCUUGCGAUAAUGCGAGAGCAGGUUUUCGAAUCCGCGACGAGCUGGGGCAGUAAAGGGAAACGAGUGAGGAAGCGAGUCAAGACGGAGUCUCCUCCGUGUGACUCGCGGUUUAAACCGGCUGACCCGGAAACAUUACCUACUCCGGAUCUAGCUGAGGAACGAGCAUUGAAAGAAGAAGAUGAAGAAGAAGAACAAGUUCAACCAGUUAGUAGACAAGUAACUAAAGUUCCGGUUAAAGGUGAAACAGAUGGUGACACACCUAAACCAAAUCUUACCUCGAACGUGAGGUGUAGAUCAAAUGGCUGUGGCCGUUCAAGGCAGAAUCUAAGUGAGGCUGAAAGAGAAGAACGUAGAAUCCGAAGAAUAUUAGCUAACAGAGAAUCUGCUAGGCAGACAAUUCGACGGAGACAGGCAAUGUGCGAGGAGUUGAGUAAAAAAGCAGCUGAUCUGACAUAUGAGAAUGAGAAUCUGAGGAGGGAAAAGGAUUGGGCCUUGAAAGAGUUUGAGUCUUUGGAGACGAUUAACAAGCAUUUAAAAGAACAGGUAUCGAAGUCUGUGAAACCAGAUACAAAAGAAGAACCUGAAGAAUCGCUCAAGCCAUCUCAAGUUGAGAUAUCUGCAUCAUCUACACCGUUUUACUUCUACAACCAGAAUCCAUAUCAGCUAUUCUGCUGGCCUCAUGUUACUCAAUCACCAAAUCCGAUGGUUGAAACCCGAAACGGAUUCACAGCACCAUUCACCACCUCUGGAGGAGCUCCUGCCAAAACGAUGACCUCGCUGGAGAAUGAAAGUCCAGCAGAUGAUGAGAAUGGGCAGAAAACUCAUUUCUACGUCGUGCCAUGCCCUUGGUUUCUCCCUCAUCCUGAUCAGAGCAAUGGUGUCCCCUUCGGAUUCCAAGAUGCACAAAAGGUUGUCUCUUCAAACGGUCACCAUGUCGAUGAUUCUUCUGCAAAAUCCGUUGAGGUCUCAAAAACUCUGCGUUCUCAUAUACCAACUAGAGUCAAAGAAGAGGACUCUGGUACAACGGAAGCGAGACCCUUGUAUGACCUCAACGAAUCUGCAACCGAUGUCCUCUCUGAGGGAGGUGAUGGUUUCCCUGUAACACAUCAAGCUAAUAGUUUCAAGAAUGAAGAUGUUACCGACAAUGGAGUCACGCCGAUGCAGCCUGGUCAUCAUGUUUUGAUUUCCCUUCCGGGGAAGAAGCAAGGAUCUUUGGCUGCAGCGGAAGCUAGAAAGAGACGAAAAGAGCUCACAAGGCUCAAGAACCUCCAUGGUCGUCAAUGUCGGAUGCAAGUGUGA